AUGGACCCCACGCGCAUGCUAAUCCUUCAUCUGCAGCUAUGUCUGGCCCAUUACUGUGACAUCCAUGGGCCAACUCCCCUGAUGGUCACCGAGGGUCUGGCAACGCCCUGUAGCGUCUGCUACGAAGGUUCAGCCGCAGCAAGCGACAAACCCCCACGCUCGGCUCCAGCUACAUCGGAGCCGCAGCCUCGGGCGUCUUCAGCCGCAGUUACCGACGGUAUUCGAGAUUUGAGCUUAUCACAGGAUGGCCAGUCUCCUCGCCCAACUUUACGUCGAUCUCCCGGCACUGGUGCCAGCACCGGUAAUGACGGCGGCCUGGACACGCCUCCCGAGAGCCCACGGCCCUUGUCGCAGCAGCCACGGCGAGAUUCGAGUUACCGUAGGACCUAUGACGAAACUGUAACCCGAAAACAAGGCCCUUGCGACAAUUGCGCCAUGACGUUGCCCCGCAGGCAGCAAAACGCAGCGGCCGCUGGGGAAGACGCCAUUGACCCGCGAUCACCAACCUUGCGUACCCGCGCGCCAGCCGAGCGUGUCUUUCUCCCCGUCGACCCAGCCUCGCCCCCAAAUUCGCAGUCAUCUAGUGACACAGAUGCGGAUCACGAGCUUCCGAGGCAGCCUCGCAGUAGGAGAAAUGUGUCGUCUGUCAGUUCUCGGACUACAUCGUGCUCUAGUACGUCUACGACUUCUGAGCGUCACCCCAGCCAUGUGCACUACGUGGAUUACACAUCGACUCAUGAGCCAAUCCUACCCGACUCCUUUUCUCUGAUUCGUGCCUCAUGUCUGCGAGCUCUGUCUUUUGAAACUCUCCCGCGAGCUCCUUCAACCGCCACGCCAGCCUCUUCCCCCCAACACCACAACUCUCCGUCCUUUGUCACCACGCAAAGUGCAGGCUCGGCCGCGUCGGGUGGUGCCAUCUUCUUUGGCGAUUCGUUAGCUGGGUACACAACGGCUUACAUCUUUCGAAUCCCUGACGUCCACGCCCGAGGCCACAAACGAGUCUAUGCCUUCUUAGCCCUGAGCACUCACAAAGAGAGACUGGCCAUGAAAACAUUUGCCAUCGUUUCCUCUGCCUUCCGGGAGCUCGCUACUUGGAUCCAAACGCUUGCCGAGUCCGAGGCUGAGCGCACCGCAGAAUCUUCCCCUAUUGGCAGCGUCUUACAGAGCGGCGGACCUAGCAGCCAUGUGGCAUCAUCGUCCACCAUGGACGCACCGAAUGUGGAUCGCAGCGGCAGCAGCUUUCUGACGGGAGGCAGCGGCUUCACCAGACGCAUGGGAGGCCCUGGUGGCGUCUCCUCACUCAAAGCCCGUGGCCUUGCGGAGCUUGUCGGACAGCCAGACUUCUUCAUCACCCUGCACAAGAAAUUCGUGCAGCUCUUGUUCGAAGUAGGCGUGUCUUUGAACUCAUAA